AUGGAGAAAUAUUUUGGAAAAAGACCAAGAAUUUUGGAUUCUUGUCCAGAACUAGAAGCACAGAAUGCUGAAGAAAAUUUGAGGGAGAAUGAUGAUAUAAAUGAAAGUGAAAUCAAGGCUGAUCCUGGUUUGCGAAAACCAAUUGCAGAAUAUGGUGUGAAUAUCCGGGAUCGUAUUCGUAGAGAAUAUGUAACAAAAGGCCCUUGUCAACCAAAGGGUAAUAUUUUUCAAAAAACGCAUCAAGGAAAAGAUAAUAGGAGUUUUAUAGAUGCUUGGUACAAAGAUUAUGAUUGGUUAGAAUAUAGUGAAGCGAAACAUGCCGCAUAUUGCUUUUACUGUUUUCUUUUCAAGCUUGGUUAUGUGGCACCGGGAGAUGAAGCCUUCACUAGUUGUGGUUUUUCUAAUUGGAAAAAAGCACUAGAAAAAUUCAAGGCGCAUGUUGGGGAUAAAAGUAGUGCACACAACAAAGCAAGGAUAGAAUAUGAAAAUUUUGUCAAUCAAAGGCAAAGUGUGACUUAUGUUGUAAGUAGAGGUAUGACAACAAAAGAAAAGGAAUAUCGAAUUCGAUUGACUGCAACUGUUGAUGUAGUUCAUUUUCUUUUGAUUCAAGUUUUGCCUUAUAGGGGAUAUGACGAGUCAUCUACGUCUUUGAACAAAGGUAAUUUUCUUGAGUUAUUAGAAUGGUAUGGUUUGAGGAAUGAUGAAGUUGGUAAAGUGAUUUUGAAAAAUGCCCCUAGAAAUAACCAAAUGACUUCUCCAUCAGUCCAAAAAGAUAUGGCUAAUGCUUGUGCGGUGGAAACCACACUUGAUAUAUUGGGAGAACUUGGAGACAUACACUUUUCAAUCCUAGUUGAUGAGUCACGUGAUUGCUCAACAAAGGAGCAAAUGGCAAUUGUCAUAAGAUUUGUGAACAAGGAUGGCCAGAUAAUUGAAAGGUUUUUAGCUUUGGUUCAUGUCAAAAAAACUACAUCAGUUUGUUUGAAAGAGGCAACUGACUCCGUAUUUGCUAAGUUUAAGUUAUCUUUGUCAAGAUUGAGAGGCCAAGGAUACGAUGGAGCAUCAAACAUGCGAGGUGAAUGCAAUGGAUUGAAAGCACUAAUUUUAAAGGAAAAUCCAUCAGCUUGGUAUGUCCAUUGUUUUGCCCACCAACUUCAAUUGGUAUGUGUGGCCGUGUGUGAUAAAGGUUCCUUGUGA